AUGGAGGCUGUCAAGGAAGAAGAACUGUUUGGCGCCUCUGACUCGGAGAAGGUGCCGUGGAAGAAGCGGUUGAUCCUGGCAAUGGAAGAGGUAACUGCAAAGCAGAAUCUUGGGGAGUUCAUCCAUGAGCGCUACAACCAGGAUGAGUCCAGCCAGCGCCGGUUUACAAAGGUGAUGCUGGACUUCCUAGCGGUUGACAAAGUGGCUGCAAAAUUGCCAACACCGUCGGGGCCAAUUCUCAGUAGGGUUCCUGCUUCGACCAGAAAGAAUGUGUACCUCCACCCAUGGCACUUGUCCAUGUCACAGGGUGCCAAAUAUGGCACUAAUGGGAAAUGGCCAUCUACAGUUGCCAUCCGUGCCCACUUCCCUUUGAUUGUGGGUCGAGGAUAUGAAUCUGAGAGGGAGGCUCUUGAGAUCAAGUUUGAACCCGGCCUUGAGGGAAAGGAGAUCCAGCUCUUUCAAACGGGCUACAUCGAUGGGCAUGCGAAGGGUGUGAUGGUUCAAGGAGUUUUUGCACUCCUUGAUUACCUAGGGGCAACACCGCACGAUAUCGAAUGUGAUGAUGAGAUGUGUGAGCUUCUUGCAACGCUAAAGUUCUUACGCAGCAACUAUGUGCACUUCAAACUGCCGGAGCAGUGUGUGUAUGAAGCCUUGAGUUUGGCGAACAGAACAGCUGAGAAAGCCAAACCGGGACCUCUUGAACUCACCCUCUUCUUCAAGGAAGCGUGCAGGGUAAAGCGCCUCCACAGCAGCAAGACGUCUUCUGUUCGAGACCUGCUGGACAGCGCCAUUGCAGAGUUCAACAAGCAAACACAUACCAAGGCGUCCAAAAUCAAAGAUGACUUGAAGAAGGUCAUUUAUGGAGUUCUUCGGGCGCCUGAAGAAUUGUUGGAGCUGAUGAAACGCUCUGCAGACCUGUACAAGUGGGAGCAUGGAGCCUGGACCCUCGACAUCUUGGCUGAUGACUUUUAUGUUCCUGGCCAUGUGCUCUCCAGCCAGACUGUUCCUGACGGGUGGUGGCGAAACACCAAG